AUGACCACUGCCGUUUUAGUCUAUGAACUCUUCAUCUUUUUAUCCUUCACCAUUUUCAUAUCUUCACCUUGCUUAACCAUCGACAGCAUUACUGCUACAAAUCCUAAACACCCCCGAUUCGCAGUUGAUUUCAUACACCAUGACUCUCCACUUUCUCCAUUCUAUAAUCCCAAUACCACUUUUUGGGACAAAGCUGCGAGGUUAUAUGAAAGCUCAAUUGCACGCCAUGCCUAUAUAUCUUCCAAAAGAGUUGACAAAUACAGAACUGAUCUUAUUCUUGAUCACUAUUGGUAUCUAGCAAAGGUCACAAUUGGUGAACCAAUGGUUGAUGUCUUCACUGUCUUUGAUACUGGUAGUCAUCUGUUAUGGAUCCAAUGCAGACCUUGCCAGCAUUGUAUGCCACAGAUUAGUAACAUCUAUGAUCGUACCAAGUCAAGAACUUAUGACACCUUAACAUGCGGUUUAGAUGAUUGCGAAUUAGCUCCCGGUAUGGGUUGCGAUAGCAAUAAUCGGUGUACUUACAACAUUUCAUAUGUUGAUAAAAGUUAUAGCCAUGGCUAUCUUGCUAAAGAGAUCCUAUCAUUCAAGGACUCUGAAGGAGAUGUAAUGGAUACUGUAAGGGAUGUGACAUUUGGUUGUGGCUUUAACAACCACAUUACAGUUGGUGACCUAUUUGAUGGAAUUCUAGGGCUUGCUGAGAUCGAUUUGUCACUGCUCUCUCAAUUACGUUCCAUUACAAAACCAAAAUUCUCUUAUUGUAUGGGCAACAUAAGUGAUCCAUCUUCCAAAGGAAAUCUGAUCAUGGGUGAAGAUUCACAUAUAUCUGGCUUCUCUACUCCCUUCAAUAAUGAUGAUGGGUAUUACAGAAUCAAGAUUGCUGUCAUUAAAGUCGGAUCACUAAGUCUUGAUAUUCCAAGAGGAGCAUUCAAUCCAUAUGGGAAUGUGAUCUUAGAUAGUGGCACAGUAUACACAUUUCUACCACCAGAAGUACAUGAUUUGAUAUUAACUGCAAUAUCAAAGGCAAUGGAAAGAUUUGAGGUCCAACCAAUUCCACCAAGACAAAUAGGGGAGUUAUGCUAUAAGGGAAGUAUUGGAGAGGAUUUAAAUGGAUUUCCUACUAUGACCAUCCGUUUUAAAGGAAAUGCUGAACUUGUUUUAGAGAGAUGGAGUAUUUUCAUCCAAGUAGAUUAUUCAAAUUUUUGCUUAGCUUUCCUUCCUACUGAUGGUCGCAAUGAGCCAAGCAUGAUUGGUACUAUGGCUCAACAGUUCUACAAUUUUGGGUUUGAUCUUGAUGGAAAACAAUUGUCUAUAAUCCGUUCUGUUUGCAUUUACUAA